UUCCGUGGCUCUCAGAGUUCGAGCUCCUCUCUUGCUGGUCUAUAUAUAACAAGGCCCUCCCCGCACGCUUCCUCCUCACAUCGCACAUAAUUUAGAGGCAUUUUACAAGGAGACAAGAGAGCACGGCGAGAGAAAAUAGAAGAGGAAGAUAUCCUGAAUUCCUGAUCCCAUGGAGAGAGUUGCCUCGCGCUGUGUCAGCCUCCUAGCACAAAGGAGGGGCUACUCUGCGGCCGCGACCAUGGUGAAAGGAGCUGGGAGGAGCGCCGCCGCCACCGAGGAGAAGACCGCUGUCGCGGCGAAGAGCGCAAUGGCGGCCAAGAAGGACGUGGGCACUGGCGCUGAGAAGGCCGCGUGGGUGCCGGACCCGGUGACUGGUUACUAUCGGCCGUCGGGCGGCGCCAAGGAGGUGGACGCGGCUGACUUGCGCGCCAAGCUGUGCUGCUAAGCAAAGCAAGCGAACUAAUUGACGGCCGCCCACCAAGAACAUUUCCUCCCUUAAGCAUAAUCGUAAAACUGAAGAUUGUGAGGCGUUUCCACAGCUCUGAUCGAGCAUGGCUUUGCCUCUCUUUUUUUUUUGAGGGGAGCAUGGCUUGGCCUUAAGAUACGUGCUCUCAUUGAUCGCUAUAGUCCACUUUCUCCUACCGCGGCGUGUCCAGGAGAAUUCGCCUUCCUGCUUCUCUUCCCGAUGUUCGGCUGUUUGCUUGAUACAAGAAUAUAAUUUUGUACUGAUUGAUUAAAUAAUGAGUACAGUGAUUAAACGA